UGCCUGCCUCAGCAAUGGAAGAAACGGUUAUAAGGCAUUGGGUGGAAACGCCGGUGCGCUACCAGGAGGAGUUUGCAGCCCGGGAGGCAGAGGCGCUCAAGCUGGAUCACGCUCUGUACGCCCUGCCGGGCCCUGCCACAGCAAGUGGCCAGCGUCGCGUCGCGGACGGCGUGGCCGGGAGCGGGGACAGCGCCCGUGAGGAGCAGGCGCCUCGUUUCCAGGUGCUGCUGGACGUGGUGCAGUUCCGCCCCGAGGACAUCAUCAUUCAGACGUUCGAAGGCUGGCUACUCAUCAAGGCGCAGCACGGGCCCAGGAUGGACGAGCACGGCUUCAUAUCCAGGAGCUUCACCAGGCAAUACAAGUUGCCCCCUGGGGUGGAGAACAAGGAUUUGUCUGCACUUUUCUGCCAUGAUGGCAUUUUGGUUGUGGAAGUGAAGAGCUCGGGGGGAACAAAUUAAGUUCUUGGGAAUAGUUUGUUGGUGAGAGAAAAAAUUAUUCUUAAUAUAACAGAGUGAUGUAACUCAGGCAGUGCUGUAGAAUGAAUUCAAGCAUGUGGCUGUGUUUACAUUACAAACUAGGAAAAUCUUUGUACAUAUUUUUCAGCAUGCUGAGUUUACUGUUU